AGCCACAUACCACGCACCAAAACACUCAAGUUUAGUUCUAAGUUCAUUAAUUACCUGCCUUGCUUCUUAGUUUACUAAAUUCAAAUCCAGGAUACAACACCAUGUCUGCCAAUGCCAUUGAAUCCCCUAUGCCGGAAUCCUUUUUGAAAGUAGAAAUGCAAAACAAGGGCAUUGUUGAUGCACUGUAUAAGGGAUUAUCAAAUGGUCACAUGGGGACAGUGGCCAAACUCAUAGCAAGUGAUCUAGAAUGGUGGUUCCAUGGACCUCCACGAUGCCAACACAUGAUGAGAAUACUCACCGGGGAGUCUAGCCACACCAAGUUCAAGUUCGAGCCAAGAAGCAUUGAGGUCGUCGGUGAUUGUGUGAUUGCGGAGGGCUGGGAAGGUGCACAAGUUUACUGGGUGCAUGUAUGGACGUUGAAAGAUGGUGUGAUCACACAAUUUAGAGAGUACUUCAAUACAUGGCUCACCGUGAAGGAUAUAAGCCCACAUGGUUGGGAAAUUAGGCAUGAGAACCACACCUUGUGGCAGAGCCACCCAAGAGACCUUUUCAGCCGCUCAUUGCCUGGCCUUAUUCUCGGUAUUUAGGGGCUAGUACUUCUGUAACAACUGUGACAUUAUUGCACGAAAGGGAAAUAGACCUACAAGUAAUAAUACAAGAAAACUGAAAAUCACGUGUAGUGUACCUAUUAGCUUAAGCUGAUCAGUUUUUUCGUCUUAAUUAAAAUUCUCUUCUGAAAAA